AUGCCCGCCCAAAAACCAUCCAAGAAAAAACCAACUUCUACGACCACAAAACCAGAACCAACCCCACGUGCACCAAACUGGCCCCCUCUCCGCCCAUUAGUCCCCUCCACAGACCUCUACAUUGAACCCUUACUCACAGAACAAAUAUACAUAAUCCGCAACUUCUUCACAGCCAACUUGUGCAAAUCGUACGUCUCGUUUCUGACGUCGCCAUCCUCGGCAAUUGAUCUGAUUACGACGCCCCUGAAGCCGAAGAGUAGGGACCAUGCGGUUCGCGUAAAUGAUCGGUUUCAGGUCCAGGAUGCUUCAUUUGCGGAGCUGCUGUGGGGGGCGACUGCAUUGAAAGAUGUGGUUUGCGAGAGGAGGGGAGUGGAAGAAGACGAGGAUGAUAAUGAUAAUGAUGAUGAUGGGAGAGAAGAAGAAGAGAAGAAUACUCGGAUCUGGGGCGGGACUCCUCUAGGAUUGAAUCCGAAUAUUAGGAUAUAUCGAUAUACGCCAGGACAGUUUUUUGCGCAGCACUACGAUGAAUCCAACGCCAUCCAAUUCCUAGACCAGUCUUCCGGCAAAGUAAUCCUGGCGCACACAACAUGGACUCUACUCAUCUACCUCACUACGACGGAAGGUGGAGAGACGGUGUUCUACCCCGAGGAUGGCUCUGCACCAAUCUCUGUGGCGCCAGAAGUCGGAAUGGCGCUUCUGCAUCGACACGGGGAACAUUGUCUGUUGCAUGAAGGGAAGGAAGUUCGGAAGGGGGAGAAGUGGGUGAUCAGAAGUGAUUUGGUUGUGAAAUAG